AUGCCGACAUUAAAUAGAAGUGUUGAUAAACAAACAAAACAAUCUUAUAUUGGUCGAAUGUUAUAUAUUCAAUUAGUUCGACCUCGACGAAUUUUAUUUGUACUUGGUUGUAUAACAUUAUUAGUUGCUGCGAAUUAUUUCUAUGCUAAUUCUUUAACAAAUUUAACAGAAAGUGUUAAAUCACGUUCUCAUGAACUAAAUGUUAAACAAAGACAUAUAAUUCGAAAGAUUGUUGAAAUCAAGGAUCGUCAACCGUCCUAUAAAUUAUAUAUAUACGAAGGAUAUGAAGCUGAUGUGGAUCGCAAACGAGCACAAGCAAAACUACUUGAUAAUAUAAAACUUUAUGAUAAAUGUCAACAAAAUCCAAAAACACUCGUUAUUGAUGUUGGUGCUUCUUUGGGACACUUUGGUUUCUAUGCUGCUGCAUGUGGAUGUCAAGUUUAUAUGUUUGAAGUUGAUCCAAUAAAAAUUUCAUUACUUCGAAUGUCAAUUAAAUUAAAUUCAUUUGAAUCACGUAUUACUUUAGUACCAAAAGCAGUUAGUGAUUUACCAUCAAAAAGUCAAAUUUAUAUGAGUUUGAAUACUAGUAGUCAAAUAUCUCGUGAUGAAAUUCAUGAUAAAUCAGAUGUAUAUACUGUAGAAACAACAAAUUUCAAUCAAUUUAAUUUUUCUACAGAUAUUUAUUUAUUGCGUGUUGAUAUUGAAGGUUAUGAAAUACAUGUAUUUCGUGGUAGUGAAAAAUUAUUUCGUAAUAAUCUUAUACAUCAUGUUUUAUUUCAAUAUACACCUUCAGGAACUGAUCGAGUUUUACAAAAUGAUCUUCUUGCUUAUAUGAGAGAUAUUCUUGGUGGACAAAAAUUUUAUGCAUUACAUCCAAAACAACCUAUUUUAUAUGGUCCAAUAUAUAAUGAAGAUAUUGAUCAUUUUUAUACUCAACAUCAAGCAUUAAAUUUAGAAAGAGAUGUUUAUGUAUUAUUUCGAGAUGAUGACUUAACUAUUGAUUCUAAACCUUAUGAAUUUCAAUCAUCUUUUGAUUAA